AUGGCUAUGGCCAUGGCAUCUGCCCUCAAGGGCCUCUCCAGCGUUAGCAAGGAGGAGCUGGCAAAGGCAAAGGCCAUGCUGAAGGGCAAGAUGUUCCGCCAGGCAGACGACGACAGUGAGCUGAUGCAGGACAUGGGCCAGCAGAUCUUGCUCACUGGCAAGUACGGUUCGGCGGCGGAGUUCGGCAAGAUCAUCGACAGCGUGACGGAAGCGGAUGUCACAGCGGCUGCCAAGAAGAUCCUGGGAUCGAAGCUUUCGCUGGCGGCCUACGGCGACGUCCACUCGGUUGAGUUGGCAAUGAGUGGUUUUGGGCUUGGACUGAAGGAAUUCUACCCGGGCAUUCUGCUGCACUUCAUGUCCAUGGAAGGAUCUCUCAAGGAGGUGGAUAUCCUCCUCAAGAACCAGCUCGGCAGCCAGCAGCUUGCUCCAGAAUCUAUGGAAGAGCGCUGUGCGCAGAUGCGUGAGGAGAUCCUCAGAAUGCAAAAGAGCCGCGAGAAGAUCGAGGCGCGAGCCCAGAGCAUUGCCGAGCUCAUCCAAGAGGAGAAGCUCGAGCACGAGGCUCAGCUGCAAAGCUUCGAGAAAGACCUGUCCCAGUCGCUGAAGACCCUGAACAAAGGCCUGGAGGAUAGCGUGGCGACCAGCAUGAACUUGAUGAAGGUGAAGGUGGUUGAGACCGAGAAGGUGCUCAAAACGCUCAUCAAGCAGCUGAACAGCAGCUACGCGCCGGCUUUGAACGAGGCGGAGGUGAAUGGCUCUGGCAAAGCUCAGGGCCCUGGUCCGGAUGCCUUGAAGGGCGCCAUGCAGCGACUGCUCGAGGAACACGACCAGCUCGUCCAGCAGCAAAACGACCUGCUGAACCGGCGCCAGCCGCUCGCCCAGUCCGUGCGGGCGCCGCCUGUGCCUAUGCCAUCAGCAGUGUCAACGACCACGGCAGGAGCUCCAAUCCGUUGGACCGCGCCCGCCAACACCAGCACUGGCGCUCAGCCUCCCAUAUUCCCCGGUGCUGCGAGCCCGCCGUCCCCGAGAUGUGUCGGCACGCCCCCACUGGGGGAGGCAAGUCCAGGUGUGCCCCAUCUCUGUGCGAGUCCCAAACAUGCCGGCCGUGCCAUCCAGGUGGCGGCUAGUCCUCGCCCUGCUGCGAUCUCGCCGCAGGGCUCGCCGGCUCGCUCACCGACUCGAGGUGGUUCCUUGACGAAUUUGGCCAUGGCAUUUGGCGCCCCUGGGGGGGCCAACAGCCCCAUGCGUGCCGCCGGUGCGAGCAACAGCCCCCUGCGCCCUGCCCAGGCUCCGAGUUUCCAAAUCCCCGCUGAGCCCGCGCGCUCCUCCGCGGUGCGCGCCAUGUCGCCGAGCUUGGUGAGGGAGAUGGUCUCGGUCUCGCCGAAGGACUCGCCCAAGGACUCACCAAAGGCGACGCCAAAGAGCACGCCGAAGAGCGCUGCAAGCCGAUCGCCGAAGGGCUCCCAGUCGCCAACUGCGAAGGUCAUGCAGGCCAGUCCAUCUGGGAACAACUUGAUGGCUGUGUUCGUCGACAUGCAGACUGGUGAGGAGCUGUCAACGAAGAGAAGUCUCUAUUCCAUUUAG